UCAAACGGAGUCCACACAACAUUGCACCAAGCGAAACAUAAGCUCAACUAAAAACCAUCUCAAAACAGUGUCUUUUCUAACAUUUAAGCCCUCAAAAUGUCCCUCUGGGUUGACCGCUACCGGCCGCGGGAACUGGCAAAGCUGGACUACCACAAACCGCAAGCAAGCCAGCUAAUAAAUCUGUGCUCGCAGGGCGACUUUCCGCACCUGAUGUUCUACGGUCCGUCCGGAGCGGGCAAGAAAACGCGCAUCAUCUGUCUGCUGCGCGAGCUUUACGGCCCGGGCGUCGAGCGGCUCCGCAAUGAGGUGAUGAAUUUUACCACACCGUCGAACAAAAAGAUCGAAAUCAUGACCGUCAGCAGUAACUAUCACAUCGAGGUAAAUCCGUCCGACGUCGGCAUCUACGAUCGGGUCGUCAUCACGGACAUGAUCAAACAGAUUGCCCAAACGCAGCAAAUCGAUCCGUCGGGGCAGCGGGAGUUCAAAACGAUCGUACUGUCGGAGGUGGACGAGCUGACGAAGGACGCACAGCAUGCGCUGCGUCGCACGAUGGAAAAAUAUGUGGCCACGUGCCGGUUGAUACUGUGCGUGAACUCUACGUCGCGCAUCAUUCCGGCGGUUAAGAGCCGUUGCCUCGGGAUACGCGUUUCGGCACCGACGGAGGAUGAGAUUGUGUCCAUCAUGAACUCAAUCUGCAAAAAGGAGAACCUUCACAUUCCGCCCGAGCUGGCGACCAGGAUUGCGCAAAAGUCUGAGCGGAACCUACGCCGCGCCAUACUCACGCUGGAAGCGUGCAAAGUGAUGCAGUACCCGUUCACCGCCAACCAGGAAAUACCGGACAUGGACUGGCAGACGUACCUGAAGGAGACGGCCAACAUGAUCGUGCAGGAGCAAACGCCCCAGCGCAUGGAGGUGGUGCGCGAACGUCUGUACGAGCUGCUGUCGCAGGGCAUUCCACCGGACAUCAUCUUCAAGGGUUUGGUGCAGAUACUAGUGAAGAACUGCGACAUGAGCCUGAAGACGCAGACGCUCAGCUUCGCCGGCCUGUACGACCAUCGGAUGCAGCGGGGCAGCAAGCACAUUUUCCACCUGGAAGCGUUCGUGGCGCAGUUUAUGGCGCUGUACAAGAAAUUCCUCAACCAAGUGUCGGUAAUGGAUAUGGAUGAUUUUUGAGAGAAAAAAUGCUCCAAUUUGUAAUUAAAACAGUA